UUUACCAGGCAGCUGUUUUAAUUCGUCUCCUCUCGCCUCUGCGGCAAUGACCAUUAACAGCUUCACCAUCGAGUAUGAUGCUAUCAACAGCAAAAACACCUUCACUAAUGGAGAUAUCAUCAAUGGACGCAUCAUCGUGGAGCUUUCAAAAGAAAUUGAAGUUCAGUCACUGAUGUUCAUCGCUUCAGGGAGAGCUGAGGUUUCCUGGACGGAACACCACGGACAUCAUGGAGCUCACGGUCAUCAUGGUCGCACCCGCCACUAUUGGGCAAAAGAGGCGUACUACGAAGUGAAGCAGCACAUUCUGAGACAGUCAGCAGGUUCCAAUGUCCUUAAAAUGGGGCGGAAUGUGUUUCCCUUCACCUUUCAGAUCCCAGACAGAAAAAUGCCAUCGACAUUCAAACACACCACCGGUAAAAUCGUCCAUAAGGUGAAGGCCGAGCUCAAGCGCUCCAUGAGACUGACAGAGAAGGCCAAAAAACACUUCACCUUCGUGUCCAAACCGGACGCAGAUAUUCAUGGACUCAUGGAACCCCAGUAUGGCUGUAAAGAUAAAAGUGUCUUGUUUGGAUCUGGAAGUAUAACGAUGGAUGUGCACACGAAGAAGAUGGGAUACAUGCAAGGUGAGAACAUCGAGAUCAUUGCUGAGAUCAAAAACAACUCCAGCCGCUCGGUGAAGCCCAAAUUCGUAUUGUAUGAGAAGAAGAGCUUCUUCGCUCAGGGUCACAGGAAAGUUCAAACCAAGGACAUUCUCAAGGACAAGAUAGAUGAAAUUCCAUCAAGUGGCAAAGAAACUUUGAAGAAGAAGAUCCCAGUCCCCAGCGAUCUCCCCGUAUCCAUUACCAACUGUAACAUCAUCAAGCUGGAGUACAGGCUGAAGGUGUUUCUGGACAUCAAGUAUGCAGCAGACCCAGAGGUCAAGCUUCCCAUUGUUGUCAUGCCUGCUCUGACAUCAAAGGACAUGACUAUGAAGCAACAUAACUUGGAAAACCAUCCAUCAUUUCAGCCAAGCCAACCAAUCGGGUACCCCAUUCCUCCAGGUGGAUACCCUGUUCCUCCAGGUGGGUACCCUGUUCCUUCAGGUGGGUACCCUGUUCCAACAGGUGGAUACCCAGCUCCCUCAGGGGGAUACCCGGCUCCUCCAGGUGGAUACCCGGCUCCUCCAGGUGGAGCUCCUCCAGGCGGAGCUCCUCCAGGCGGAUACCCGGUUCCCCCAGGUGGAUACCCGGCUCCCCCAGGUGGAUACCCGGCUCCUCCAGGUGGAGCUCCUCCAGGCGGAUACCCAAACCAACCAUAUGUUUAUCCAACUGCACCGUUCCCAAACCAAAGCCAACCACCCAAGACCAACCCUGGGGGUCCACUGCCGGCCUACAGUGCGCCCAACCUAUACCCCAACAUCACCAGUCCUGAAAAACGUGAAGAUAAACUAUGCAAAGAAGCACGACAGGAAAAGCGAGUCACACGGGGAGGAAAUGUGAGCCUCAUCCGAUGUCACUACACGCUAGUACUCUGGUACCUCUGUGAUUGCUCGGCUGGCACAAUGACUAUCACCAACUUCUCUAUCGAGUAUGACGCCAUCAACAGCAAAAAUAUCUUCACAAAUGGGGACACCAUCAACGGGAGGAUCAUUGUGGAGGUUUCAAAGGAAACUAAAGUCCAGGAUUUGAUGUUCAUUGCAUCUGGAAGGGCUCAAGUCUACUGGUCUGAACAUUACGGGCAGUACGAUACCAGGCAUUACUGGGCUGAAGAAAAAUACUACGAAGUCAAGCAGCAUAUCCUGAGACAGCUACGCGGAGAUGGUAAAGCUGAAUAACAGUAAUAAUGAUUUUAUGAUUCAGCAUUAAUACAAUACUGUGUCUAUUUAGGGAGCGACAUCAUAAGCGAGGGGCGACAUGUCUUUCCUUUUACCUUCCAAAUACCAGACAGAAAAAUGCCGUCGUCAUUCAAAGACAGCAUUUGUAAAAUCGUUCAUAAGGUGAAGGCGGAGCUCCACCGAUCGAUGCGAUUCAGGGAGAAGGCCAAACAACACUUCACCUUUGUGUCUGGUGCAGACCUGGAUAUUCCUGGACUCAUGGACCCUCAAUAUGGUUGCAAAGAUAAAACUGUCAGUUUAUUUGGAUCUGGAAGCAUAACAAUGGACGUCCACACUGAUAAGAUGGGAUACAUCCAAGGUGAGGGCAUCAUGGUCAAAAUUGAGAUCAACAACAAGUCCAGCCGCUCGGUGGAGCCCAAAUUCGUGUUGUACAGGAAGAAGAGCUCCUUUGCUCAGGGUCACCGGAAUGUUGAGACAAAAGAUGUCCUUAAGGGCAAGAUGGAGUCUGUUCCAUCAGGCAGCAAAGAAGUUGUGAAGAAAGUGAUCACUGUCCCCAGUGAACUCCGCUGUUCCAUCACCAACUGUCCCAUCUUCAAGCUGGAGUACAGGCUGAAGGUGAUUCUGGAUAUCAAAUUUGCGACAGAUCCGAAGAUCAAGCUUCCUAUUGUCGUCAUGCCUGCGCUGAAGUCCAUUGAUCCAGGGAAGAAACAACCUAGUUUGGAUAUGUGCGGAUCACUUCAGCCAAAUCAGCCAUUUGGAAUCCCAAACCAAGCGUUCGCAGCUCCUCCGGGUGGAUACCCUCACCAACCGUACCCAUACCCCACUCCACCAAUAGUGAACCCAUGUCAGCCACAUGCGCUGCUGAGCCCACCAUUUGGGAGUCAAGCAUAUGCAUGGCCCACCAACCCUGUGGGUCCUCCUCCUUCUUACAGUGCAUCCGGAGAAUACACCCCCACCACCGACAAACCUGAAGAUAAACUGCAAUAAUUCCCCAAAGUAUCUGUGGCUUAAAUUCAGUAGAGAUUUAAUCAUAUGCACAGAUUUGUAUUUUGCUAUUCUGAGGCUCGAUCAUUGUGUUGAAAUGAGUUAGUAUGUGGAUCCAUCAGCUUCAUUUGCUGUGUCUAACAUUGUUUCCGUGCAACGGGUCCAGCACUGUAAAAUAAAACUCAAUAUAGAAAACAGGAGUGAACUAUUUAGAGGGAGAGUAAAUGCAAUAUGUCAGUCUGAUCUUUGUAUCGUCAGUUUUCACUGUUCACUUUUC